AUGGUGGACAUGAACGGUGUGCUUGCACCAGUGCAGCAGUGGAGCACAGAUGACAAAGACAAGGCCCCUUAUCAGCGACUGCAACACUCUAUCCACUAUCCUCGAUUGAUUCAAGAACCACCAACACAGCUGUCUGAUGAAGCAUGCCAGCUGAAAAUGGCGUCAUCCACAACGGCUGCAUUCCACAAAGCACAUUCUCUGGCACUCGUGCCAGCAGAUCACUCGACGACGCCGACGAUGCCUGCGAUCGACACAGCUCGACAUGCAGCGAUUACAGUGCAGUGGUCUGGCGGCGUGCUUGCGUCAAACGGCAACAUCAACGACCAGCAUCAGGAGGCGUGCUUGCUUGCUGUGAAUGAUGGCCUUGUCGACUGCAUUCCUCCCGCCAACGCCGAGAUGCUGGGGUGA